UCGACUCAGUUUUCAACUGAGACUUGUACGAAGAGGUUAUCGGAGCGAACCGCGUUGAAGAGGCGAAAAACUGAAUUGAAGAAAUAUACGGCUGAUUUUGAUCGCACAAACCUGGAAAUGGCUAUUGCAUUGAGUACAAAAAUACAUCUGGAAUCUAUCGAUCGUCUUGGUAGCAUUCCUUUGGUUGAGUCGAGCUUGAAACAAGCAGAGGCGUUAUAUGGAAAAGUGAAAGCCAGCAAUCGCCUUCUAAACUGGUACUUCGAAACGGCCGAAUACACCAUACUAUCGGCCUACGAAUCGGUUAAGCCAGCGGUUAAGCUUUUCGAAGUCCCUCUCAAACGAUUAGACAAUGUUAUGUGCAAGAGUUUAGACAUUUUAGAACAGCACAUUCCUGUCGUCUAUUUACCUCCUGAAAUGACAAUUAUUUUGGGCUUAAAGAUGUACUGGAAUACCAAGGAGUAUAUGUCGGAUCAUUUGGUUAAGCCGGUGCUCAAGAGAGCGGAUUCUGUUAAACAGAUUCGCAAUGCAGUUCUAGAAAAUCCGAUAACAACAUUCGCAGCAGAAAGACUGGACGGUGCUUUAACGGCCGGUGAUAAAUUCGUUGACAAAUAUUUGGUGCCCAUUGACGGAGACCAAACUGAUGGUGUACCUAAUGACGAUGGUGAUAACAGUGCUGCUGCGCGAAAUGAAACCGGCGCCAUCAAGGCAAUUCAUCACGGUCAACGCUUCUCGCGAAAGCUAAAGCGACGAUUGACCCAAAGAACAUUGGCAGAGGCGCGAGCCUUGAAGAAGCAAAGCAAAGAAGCUAUACAUAUUUUGCUAUAUGCCGCUGAACUGAUUGCCACUGAUCCAAAAUUGGCUUUGCAGAAAGCCAAAGAACUUUGGGCAUAUUUGAGUCAAGAUGAGCCAGAAAAUCAAGCUAGACCAACAACACUGGAACAACUGAUUGUUUUAUUGACCAGAGAGUCAGCACGUCGAGUUGUGCAUAUAGUGAAUUUUGGUGCAAACGUAGCUGCUAACAUUCCAAAAACUGUGGCUCAUACUUCAACCGAAGUGACACAUCACAUUAUUUACAUCAAUACCCGUUUGAUUGGUCUCACAAAACUCGAUAAAGUUCGAGAUUUGUCCAAAGAAGAAGUUCAGACUAUCGUCAAGCGCAUGAUCACCUUUUACAGUAACCUUCAAUACCUUUCAAAUACUUAUUUGGAACGUUUGGCAACUUUCUUAUCAGGUCGGAUUGAAGCUGAAAAAGUAUCUGGAAGCCGAAACGCUAUUAUAUCGCCAUCGUCAAAUGUUCCGAUAAGGCGUCGCCAAGAUGUCCAAGAUAACAACACGCCUUCUUCUCAUAAUAACAUAAAUGGCGUCUACUGAGACAUAGAGUUUUUUAUGGCAGUCGUAUUUUUAUGUCUAAUAAUCGAAUUUUACUUUUGCCUUCAUAUACGCACUAAUUAAGUUUGUAGCAAUAGUUUCACUAUAGAUAGCGUCUUCAUUUGUGACGUCAAUGGGUGAGAAAUAUGCAGCACAAGCUCAUAGGACGCAAGUCGCACAACUUCUUUAUAUAAAUCAUUUUUUGUGUAUAAAUUGAAUAAAAUAGGAAGUCUUUAUGAAUUAUAAAUAGGUAUUUACUAAUUGUAUAAAAAGCGGAAUGAACAAAAUCUAAAAAUACGACCAAAAACGAUAUACCUACCUAA